AUGUCGAAGAAGUCCAAGCUCGCCGAAGGGGAGGAAAUUGACUCCACAAAGGAAGAGAGAAAGGAAAAGAAAGAAAAGAAGGACAAGAAGGACAAGAAAGAAAAGAGCGACAAAGGCGACAAGAAGGAGAAGAAGAGGGAGUCCAAGUCGAAAUCAAAAACCGCAGAAUCAUCCACUUCAAAGUCGCUCUUCGAUGCUCCUGCUAAGGCAGUGGACGACAGCCUCGCAUCCUUAUUCUCUACAAAUGCCGGCCCUGUCAAAAUUGCCGUUAUAAACUCCAGGCGCUCGAUCGUACAAAGAAAAGAACGUGAAGUCGAGGCGAAUGCCCCUGGCGAUGAAGAUGAAGAUGAAGAUCAAGACGAGGAAAUCCCAAGUGAAGUCGCCAAUGCUCUAGCUGCCAUGGACGAGGCCUUAAAUAAGGACAAGAAAAAGAAGCGGAAGAGGGCUACCGAACCAGAGAUCGAGGACGUAUAUAUGGAUAAACUACGUGACGAGGAACCGGAAACGAGAAAGAAGCAGAAGAAAUCGGCGAAAGGAGCCAAGGAGCCAAAGAAGGAGAAGGCAGUAGAGGACACUAAGGAAAAAGAGGAUGAGGAAAUGGUAGAAAUAGACAAGAAAGCCGAUGAUGUGGACGCCAAAUCUAGCUCUGGAAACGAUGGGGAUGGUUUACCUAGUGAAAAUGAGGAGGCUGACGUUGAUGGAAAUGAGGAAGACGAAAGUGAAGGUGGUGAGGAUGAUGAUGAGGGUGAAGAUGGUGAAGACGACGAUUCAGAAGAGGAAGAAGCACCAAAGGAGCGAAUACGGCACGAAACAGAAGGUGAUCUUCAGAACCGAGAACUCGAGAAGGCAAACUGUACCGUAUUCGUUGGCAACCUCCCAUCCUCGAUUAUCUCCGACAAGGCACAAUACAAAACCCUCCAGUCCGCUUUCAAAGUCCACGGCGUAGUCUCUUCAAUUCGAUUCCGCUCUAUCGCCUUCUCCGACCAAAUCCCCAGAAAAGCCGCCUUUAUCACCAAAGCUCUCCACGUCGACCAAAACAACGUCAAUGCUUACAUCGUCUUCAAGACCCCAGAAGCCGCUCGUUCCUCCCUACAACUAAAUGGAACUAUAGUUCUGAACCAUCACAUUCGCGUCGACAGUGUAGCCCACCCAGCCAAAAACGACUCCCGCAAAUGCGUAUUCGUUGGAAACCUUGAUUUCGAAGCUGCAGAAGAAUCGCUGUGGAAACAUUUCAGCACCUGUGGUAAAGUUGAGAAUGUGCGACUCGUUAGAGAUGCAAAGACGAAUGUGGGCAAGGGAUUCGCAUACGUCCAAUUCGCAGAUGAUGUUGACGUUGAGAAGGCAUUAUUGCUUAACGAAAAGCCAAUGGAAGUAGAGAAAGGGAGGAAGAGAAAGCUACGAGUAACUAGAGCUAAAAAUAUGCGCAAGAAGGCAGUACCUGAUUCUGCACCUGGUGCUGUAAGGUCGGCGAAGAAGAACGGGGUAUACGUGCCCAAGGCGGAUCCUAGGCAAUCGGGAGCUGCAGGUAGGGCCGGGAAGUUGUUUGGCAAGGCUGGAGGAGCUAAGAUACGGAAGAUGGAAGAUACCGGUGUAUACGAGGGUACAAGGGCAGCACCUGGAAUGGACGUAGGACUGAGAACUGGUGGGUCCGGGAAGAAGAAGGGCGGCGCACGAGCAAGGAAAACAGUGCGGAGUGCUGCAUGGAAGCAAAAGUCGGCAAAAUAA